ACGACAGCCGAACCCCAAAAGCUCGCAAUCCACCAAAACAUUUCUUACCAAACCAAAACCUCUAUCACUGUCUCCUCCAUUUCCUUUCAUUUUAACCUUUUUCCGCCUUUUCCCAAGCAUCCAAACAGAAGCCAGAAAAUCAACACAAAAGAAAAGGUAGCCCUAAAUGGAAACCUCUACAUGGCUGAGCCCAAACCCCAAUUUCCUUCCUUCUCCCAAAACCCACAGUCCCGACAGCAGCAUCAGCAGCAACACCACCGCCCCAACACCCCCGACUCCGCCGCCUCAGCAACCCAAACUCAUCACCAGAUCCGAAUCCGCCAAUCCUUACCCGACAACUUUCGUCCAAGCCGACACUUCGUCUUUCAAGCAAGUCGUCCAGAUGCUCACCGGAUCUUCCGAGACCGCCAAGCUUGCUUCUUCCAUUAACUCAACUUCCUCCCCUCACUCCGAUCCCAACCUCAAAACCCACAUCCCGCCGAUCAAGUCCAUCCCCAAAAACAAGCAAAACUCUGGGUUUAGACUUUACGAGCGACGGAGCUCUCUCAAGAACCUCAAGAUCAACCCCUUGAACCCGGUUUUCAACUCUAGCAAUUCAGGAUUUUCGCCCCGAAAACCCGAAAUACUCUCCCCUAGCAUUCUUGACUUCCCGUCUUUGACUCUUAGCCCGGUUACUCCCUUGAUAUCCGACCCCUUUGAUCGAUCUGGACCUGGAAACCACGCCGAUUGUAUUAAUAAUAUCACCAACUUAGACAAGGAAGCUGAAGAGAAAGCAAUUAAAGAAAAGGGUUUUUAUUUGCAUCCAUCGCCGGCCUCUACGCCACGAGAUACUGAGCCUAGGCUUCUCCCUCUUUUUCCAGUUACUUCACCUAGAGUUUCAGGUUCUUCUACUUCUUCAAACUAAGAAAAACGAAUCAUUUUUAUUUUUGCUUCUUUUGAUGUUGUUGUAAGAUUUUUUUUAUAUAUUGUUGGGCACUGAAGAUGAGGAAUGUUAAAAAAAGGGCCGAGAAAUGAUUUGUAGUCUUGGAUACUUCAAGAGGAAAUCUUUGCUUUUUUA